UGAAACCAUGACAUAGAUGGCGCUCUGUAUGCAUUUGGUUUCAUAGAUUUAUUUGGUUUUUAAAACGAGAUGAAACUAUAUCCUUCUUCAAUACUGCCAACAUAAAGCCAAAUCAAAAACAACGUUGGUUUAAAAAAACGCUCUACAAAAACACUGUGCGUAAACAUCCAGUGUUGCCCACUUCAAAUAUGGCCAUAAAUUGUAGACCAAAUUUUUUUUCAGUUAUCUGUGAAAAUCAGAUCGCGUUUGACAGUAGACGAGUAACUAAUAAUUUUUAUUGAUAUUUUCGUGUAGAGCUAUGAUAAUUACAUGAAAUGUAAUUCGUCUUUAUUGUUAAUAUUUUAACUCUUCGCGAAAAGGUUAAUUUACUUAAAAGGGUAGUGUAAUUAAUGCCAGUGUCAUGUGUCCGGAUGGUCGCUUUGUCGAUAUUCGAUGCGAGUGCGAGUUUAGUUUUUUGUAAUUCUGUAAUGUUAUGAGUGCUCUUUUGAGCUGGUUAGCAUAAUGCCAGUACAGCAGAUUAAUGUUAAAAAUUCGUCGGAAAUCGAGAGUUGGGAAUGGAACGGCGGUUGCGGGCGAGAGGUGAUCCGAGGAGGGUCAGAUAGCAGUCGAACCUCAUGCAGCAACUCGAGCGGAGAUAUCUGUCGCAUUUGCCACUGCGAGAGCGAGGUCCACAAUCCCCUUCUGGCGCCCUGCUACUGCUCAGGGAGCCUGAAGUACGUCCACCAGAGCUGUCUGCAGCAAUGGCUGACAGCGUCGGAGACUCGCUCCUGCGAGCUUUGCAAGUUCAACUUCAUCAUGCACACCAAGAUAAAGCCUUUCAAUGAGUGGCGGUUACUGGAGAUGUCAGGCGUGGAGCGCCGGCGUCUCUGCUGCGCUGUGCUAUUCCACUGCGUGGCCGCGCUCUGCGUCAUGUGGAGUCUAUUCGUGCUCAUAGAACGGGCUGUAGAAGAGGUUCAUCGAGGACUCAUAGCGUGGCCGUUCUGGACAAAACUGGUAGUGGUCGCCGUGGGGUUCACGGGCGGAGCAGUGUUCAUGUAUAUCCAGUGCCGCCAGUACCUGCACCUGUGUAAUCGUUGGCGCGCUCACAACAGAAUAUUGUUGAUCCAGAACGCGCCUGAAAAGAUGCCCAUACCGCACCACUCUCCGCCGCGCACACAGCGCCGCGCUAUCGCACAUGGACAGGUGGUAGCGAACAUCGAGCCGGUGCGGCCGGCGCUGUACCACGAGGAGGACGAGAGCGGCGGCUUCGAGUCCUACCGCGCCGACCCGCGGCGCCGCCUCGCGCCGCCCAGCCCGCCGCCCGGGCCGCCCGCGCCCGCGCCCGCCACGCGGGACCCGCCGCAACCCAGGCGCUGCUCCGACACGCUGGUCAGCGUGGCGGUCGAGGCGCAGGCGCCCACGGUCUACCAUAUUAGCGCGGACCCGCUAGAGGCCGACAUCCGCUCCCUGCUAGCGCUGGACGCGCGCGCGGCGCGCUCGCUGCCCAACCUGCCCGCGCUGCGCGCGUCCCGCGAGUCCCUGCUGCCCGCCGCGCCCGCGCCCCCCGCGCCGCCGUCCUGAGGCCCGCCCGCCUCUGCGCGGCUCACGUUGUACCCCGACCCGGAGCUCUACUAGAAGAGACUCCGGUACCCGGAUUGUCCGAAGCGAAGUAUGUAUACUUGUAUUGUAUAGCCUAUCUGAUUAGUCGGGUCCACGCCGCGUGGCGAUGCGCUCGCGCGACAAAUAUUCGAGGGACGCGCCUAGGCAGGUCGCUCGACCGAGCGAAACGUACGCCCGGGCAGAGGCGCUUAGGUACGUCCGCAUUGAACAUUAACCGCGCGAGCAUAUUGCCUCUGUGUGAACCCGGCUAUCUUCUAAAAUUAGAUUCACGUAAAUGUAAAGGCUCCGAUGCGACAUACAAAUCUGACAGUCGAAUUGUAACAGAUUUGAUUGGAACAUUAUUUUAACAUGUUUAAAACCCGAGUUGUGAAGUGCCAGAUGGUAAAUACGGAACAGACUCACACUGUACGCGUACGUAUACCACGGAAAUAAAAUAAUAACGCACGACCGCACGGUAACGAGAUUAUCCUCGUGCUAUCCUGUACGUGAAAAGUUUCAAGGUCGCGGUGCGGUGCGAUCGUAUAUUAGCCACUUAAUAAACCUCCCGUACCGUACAUUUUAACGAGUUCUCUGCGGUACCGAGUCGGAGACCUAAUACAAAAUAUGUAUAAUUACAAUUUCGACUACCGCACAAAAAUGUUAAGGGCCGAAUUAUUCAGUUAAACAAAGGAUUCGCGCUCCAUAGCAUAUUAGUUAUUACAGACAUACUCUCUCUAUUACCCCGCUCAUAUUACUGCAACAGAAUACACUUCGUUAAAUACAUAGGGUAAACAAUUGUCACAUUGGCUACGCACUCUUAGGGAUACCCAAACCUAUCGACGUUCAAUCGUCUUUUCCCGACCAAAAACCGCUCGUUAGUAUAAACAUGCGUACGCGUGCAUUCAGCGUCAUACUAACGAGCUAUUUUUGGUCGACUAGAGGCGUCAAUAGGUUUGGGGACCUUUAUCGUUUUCUGACAAAAUUCGAACGAGCAAAAAUAUAAAUAUCUAGAAUAGAUAUCGCUAGUCGACUAUUUUACGAUUCUGCCUACUGUAUAAAUAACGAUGUAUUUAUAAUUGCGAGCGAUCAAUUCUACGGUUAGAUAUAGACAAAUGCAAUAACAUCUUAUAACACGUGAAUAUAAUGUAUAUAACCUUCAAAUUUUACAAGUUUACCCCAAUAUUAUAACUUUGCCCAAAUGAGAUUAUUUAUUAAUUUAAUGAACUUUAUUUUACUAAAUAUUGGCCCAUAUACAACGAAAUUCAAUUAUUUUAGUUUUUUUGGCAACGUAGGAGAAAAAUAAAUGUUUUAUGGAACAAAUGUUUGUCUAUAAAUUAACUACUUUCUUUUUGCAUAACGUGCCUACUUAAAAACAUCAUAGUGCUAUUGCAAAUUUAACAUUGUUUAUCAUGUGAAUCACAUUUAUUCUAGUUAUUUAUACUAUUAGUGACAUGGCAACACCUGCGCGUGAAAGAAAGAGAAGGCAACUGGUGUGAAAAAAAAGACAUAAUAACUACACUUUUUUAAAGAUCUUCUGACGCAAUAAUUUACCUCUAACGAAAAUAAUGAUCUAAACGUCUUCAACUAUCCAAGCUUCGCCGUAUUUUGUGUCCUAUUCGAUUACU